AUGAGAUUUUUAUGUUUACACGGCAAAGGCACAUCUGCCGAGAUAUUUUCGAUCCAAUCUGCAACAUUUCGCCGUCUCUUACCCCCCUCCUACACCUUUGAUUUCCUCGACGGUCCCUACACAUCACCCCCAGCAGCCGGCGUAUCACUAUUUUUCCAGCCGCCCUACUACGCCUACUACCAUUCCUCCGACCCCUCGGCGAUCCGCGAAUCCUAUUCUUUCCUACAAGAACACAUUGAGAAACAGGGUCCCUACGAUGGCGUCAUGUGUUUUUCACAAGGCUGUGCGCUCAUCGCCGGAUUUCUCCUCGAUCACCAAGUUACGCGUCCACAUCUGCCGUUACCAUUCCAUUGCGCCAUUUUCAUCUGUGGAGGUAUGCCACUACCCAUCAUUGAAGAACUCGGACUUGAGAUACCCCAAGAAGCUCGAGCACUAGAAACGCAAUCUGUAAAAGAACUAUUCGCCACAGCUGCCGCGGUCGAAACCGCGAAACCGGGAGAUGAUUAUUGGAACACGAAGGCGGAGACAUCAUCGAUAUUGAAUGUGGAAAAUAUCGAUUUGGAAAAUCCGUAUAAGAUAGAGGUGCCAGAAGGGUGGAGGAUUCAAAUACCGACGGUGCAUGUUUAUGGGGGGAAGGAUCCGAGAUGGUUGGCGAGUCUGAAUUUGGCGAGGUUUUGUAGGGGAAGGAAGAGGGUUUGGGAUCAUGGGGGUGGUCAUGAUAUUCCAAGGACGUCGGGGGUGAGUGGGGAGAUUGCGGGGUUGGUUAGGUGGUGUGCGGGGGUUGUGGGGGAGGAGAGGGAGGCGGAGGCGGAGGGGAGGUGA